AUGCGUCAGAAGAGAGCCAAGUCGUACAGGAAGCAAAUGGUGGUUUACAACCAUAAUUUCAAGUUCCGCGAGCCCUACCAGGUGCUUGUGGACGAUCAAAUCGUAGCAGACACUUGCAAGUCUGCGUUCGACCUUGUAAAAGGCCUGCAACGCACGUUACAGGCCGAAGUGAAGCCCAUGAUCACACAAUGUUGCAUGCAGGCAUUGUACGAGGCUCGCGAUGAAGCUGCGAUCGCCGCUGCGAAGGCAUUUGAACGGCGUCGUUGUAAUCAUCCGCCGCGGGAGGCCAAGCCUCCCGCGGAGUGUGUGGACAGCGUAGUGAACGUCAACGGCGCGAACAAGCACAGGUACGUGGUGGCGACACAGGACGUGGGUAUACGACGUGCGCUGCGGAAUGUGCCGGGCGUUCCGCUCGUGUACAUGAACCGGUCUGUGAUGGUCAUGGAGCCUCUGAGUCGCGCGAGCGAGCAGUUCAGUCGUGCGCAAGAAGCGGCGAAACUCGUAGGUGGGCUGAACGAUGCCAAAUACGCGGGUGUCGCGCACGACGGUGGAAACGAAAUGGACGAGCCUCAGCGCAAGAAACGUAAGGGUGUCAAGGGCCCGAACCCGUUGAGUGUGAAGAAGAAGGUGGCGACAGCGACACCGAGCUCCGUGGCUGCGACACCCGGCGCCAACGAGGAUCCAGAUACGGACCGCGUAGUGAAUGGAGCCACGGAUGGGAAGCAGCGUCGUAGAAAACGACACCAUCGCAAAUCGAUCCUUGCGGAUGCCACGGUGCAUGCCACGAUGGAUGCGACAGGCAGCACCGUACCAGCCAGUGCUUCAGAUAACUCCGAGUGA